GACCGGCAUCCGGUAGAAUAUUUCUUAAUCAAACGAUUCCCGAACAAAUAGAUAUAAUAGUUCUUCCUAUUAAUCAGUUCACCUUUAAAACAAAUAAAAAACAGUUACUUCAUUUGCUUAACUCAUGUAUGGAAAUUUACAAUGUAUGCAUCGUACUGUCAAUCUAAAAACAUGGUGCUUCUAUUGAAUUUAAUUUUAUUUUGUUAUUUGGGAAUGAGUUUUGGAAGUAACGACGUUACAGAAAUAUUACAUAAGAAUGUGCUAUUAAAUAGAAGAAAACGAUAUUUGAUUUUUCCAAAAGGAUCUAAUUUAGCUAUAUCCAUGGCGGGAGUAAAAGCUCUUAUGAGAGCACAACCUACUGGAUUUAAUAUAUUAGGAGAGAUGGAUUGUCCAUUUGCUUUGCCUACAGAUACGAGACUAUUACGAAAAUCACACUAUAUAAAAAAAAAUAGAAGAGAAAUUUAUUCUACUCUGGAUUCGGCUUUAACACUGAUUGGUUUAAAUGGAACUGCUUGUGUAAGAAAAAUGAUUUGCGAUGCUAAAAAAUACGUUCCUAUGAAAGGAAAAUCGAUGAUUAAAGAUAUCUUGCUAGCAGUUUUCGAUUUUCCCGAAGAAGAAUUUAACAAAAACAAUAUUAAAUGCACUGAUGAAUUAGGCGUUAGUUGUUCAAUUUCGAUUAUGGAACAUGUUUUAGAAGAAAUGAAUUCCAAUUAUGAUUAAUAUGCAGCAAGAGUCAUGAUUACCGCAAGCACAACAUAAACAUAGGAGCAUCUUGCACUAUUUUUUAUUUAUUAUACUUCUGUU